CUGGCAACACAGGCAGCAGUCCUCCCCAGCAAACCGCUUUCAUUCAGUGUGGCUGCUGCGCAGAGAACAACAACUACCUCCCCCAGUCCUGCGAUGCUGCAGCUUUGGAACAAAGGAAGCACUUUGAAGCAAGGUUUUGUCUCCCAUAGAAGCAGAAAUAAAAGACUAGUAGACACUUCUGAGCUCAAAUGAUGGCAAAGACAAGUCACAGAGGAUUUGAACAGACUUAGAAAGGGGAUGUCUUGCUGUCUUCAGCUGGUCUAGUUCCAUCGCUGGUGUAUCUGAGCAGAUCAGAGACCCUGUGCUCUGCUUUGUGAGAGGCUUCAAAGGAUUGGCCAGCUCUGUAGGAGGGAGAAAUGAGGAAGAAGACAUGCACAUGAUUAGACAGGUCCGGUCUGCCUCGCUCCUACUGGCAGGGCAGUCUUUGGUCCAGCAGCUCCACGGCAUCCUCUGACGGAUUUGUUGGCACGGCGAACAGCAGCUGGAAGCGGAGCCAUGACCUCAUCCAACAAUGAAGAAACAGGCAGGGAUCUGUGUGAGUAUCUGGACAUCUGUGAGCUGCAGGACCGGUUUUUGGACACGGGGAACCCCUUUAAAUCCAAAAGUUUGCCCAUCCUGAGCGGACCGUGCCAGGAGGGCGGGAAAGCCCCGUUGGUCAAUAGCAGCCACACCUGCAUGGCUGCAGAGGAGAGCAAGGGGCUGAAGACCCCAGAGUCCAGCCAGGCUGAGUCUCCCUCGUCCAGGACGGACUUCUCCCCCUCUGUCUCCAGCAUGGUGGGGCUCAGCAGCUCUCUGCCGGGGGAGGGCCACCGACCCGGAGCCUCCAGAGGCAGAAAACUCGGCUUUUCCUUAUCGCAUUUUAUCCGCAUCCCUGCGAGAAAAUGCGUGCAGGUCAUCCUGAGCGACUCGCGCUGCUUCUUGUUCUGCAUGUGCUACCUGACGUUCAUCCAGUCGCUGAUGGUUUCAGGCUACUUAAGCAGCGUCAUCACCACCAUUGAGAAGCGCUACAGCCUCCGCAGCUCCGAGUCGGGCCUUCUGGUCAGCUGCUUCGACAUCGGCAGCCUCCUGGUGGUCGUCUUCAUCUCCUUCUUUGGCGGCAGAGGUCAGAGGCCGCGCUGGCUGGCGGUGGGUGGCGUCGUGAUCGCCGUGGGAGCAGCCUUGUUUUCUCUGCCGCACUUCAUCUCGCCACCCUAUCAAAUUCAGGAGAUGAAUUCCUCAGCCGGCCACGAAGGCCUCUGCCAGAACAGCAACAACAGCGGCCGAGAUCUAGUCAACGUCGAGUCCUGCCCCCGAGACCAGGAGGGCAACGAGCACAACGUUUAUGUGGCGCUCUUCAUCUGCGCUCAGAUACUCGUAGGGAUGGGAUCCACGCCAAUCUACACCUUGGGACCCACCUAUCUAGAUGACAACGUGAAGAAAGAAAACGCUUCUCUGUAUCUGGCCAUAAUGUAUGUGAUGGGAGCCUUAGGGCCUGCAGUUGGGUACCUGUUAGGAGGCGUCCUCAUCGGCUUCUACGUCGACCCCAAAACUAUGGUGAACAUCGAACAAAACGACCCGCGCUUUGUUGGCAACUGGUGGAGUGGAUUCCUUCUGUGUUCCGUCGCCAUGCUUCUGGUCAUCGUCCCCAUGUUCGCUUUUCCCAAAAAGCUGCCUCCACGCCACAAAAAGAGGAAGAAGAAAAAAAUUGGCUCGCCAGGCGAUGUGUCCAGCGAUGAUGAAGUGAUGAAGGAAAAAUCUGGUAGCAAUGGCAAAAACGUGACGUCCUCCAUGGGCUUUGGGAAGGAUAUCAAAGACCUUCCUAAGGCUGCUCUGAGGAUCCUCAGCAACAUGACCUUCCUGUUCGUCAGCCUGUCCUACACAGCUGAGUGUGCCAUCGUCACAGCUUUCAUCACCUUCAUUCCCAAGUUUAUUGAAUCACAGUUUGGCAUCCCUGCAUCCAAGGCCAGCAUAUACACAGGUUUGAUCAUUGUGCCCAGUGCUGGUGUGGGGAUCGUGUUGGGGGGUUACAUCAUCAAGAAGCUGAAACUCGGUGCCCGGGAGUCCGCUAAGCUCGCCAUGAUCUGCAGCGGCGUGUCCCUCCUCUGCUUUUCCACGCUCUUCAUCGUCGGCUGCGAGAGCAUCAAUCUAGGAGGCAUCAACAUACCCUACACAACCGGUCCAACCCUCACCCUGACCCACAGAAACCUGACUGGCAGUUGCAACGUGAACUGCGGCUGCAAGAUCCACGAGUACGCCCCGGUCUGCGGCUCUGAUGGCAUCACAUACUUCAAUCCCUGCCUGGCUGGGUGCAGCACUGUGGCCAACGACAGCACAGGGAUCCGGAACUACACGGACUGCGGCUGCGUGCAGAGCAGACAGGUCAUCACCCCGUCCUCUGGCAGCCAGGUCAACCAGCUCCAACUUGUCAUCGUCAAAACCUACCUGAACGAAAAUGGUUACGCCGUGUCAGGAAAGUGCGACCGCACCUGCAACACCCUCAUCCCUUUCCUCAUCUUCCUCUUCAUCGUCACGCUCAUUACCGCGUGUGCCCAGCCCUCUGCCAUCAUUGUCACGCUCAGGUCUGUGGAUGAGCAGGAGAGGCCUUUUGCUCUGGGGAUGCAGUUUGUUUUGCUCCGAACUCUUGCCUACAUCCCCACCCCAAUCUACUUUGGUGCUGUGAUCGACACCACCUGCAUGCUCUGGCAGCAGGACUGCGGCGUGCACGGCUCCUGCUGGGAGUACGACGUUACCUCGUUUCGCUUCGUCUACUUUGGCCUGGCCGCCAGCCUGAAAUUUGUUGGUUUUAUCUUCAUCUUCCUCACCUGGUAUUCUAUCAAGCACAAGGAGACACGGGCAGAGCGCUGGCGCCAGCACCUGCCUCCACUGGGCACAGUCAGCGAGCUCAUCUGCCAUGCCGGCGGCCACAAAAGCCAUGCUCGUACCCGCUCCUGUCCCGUCUUCAUCCCGCCCCGGCCCGAGCCCCCUGCCAGCCUGCUGCUGAACCGCGGGCGCAGCAGCCUCAGCUGCCCGGGCAACGUCCUGAAAGCAAUAUCUCCUCCUCUGCUGUUGCCACAUCACCACAGAGGCUCCGCCCACGUCUGAUCCAUUGUGCCUUCCCGUUUGUGUCUGCUUCACACGGAUCCAGCAGCAGAGUGACAGGCGGAGACUUGAGCGCCUGUCAGAGCUGAGGGGUGGGGGUGCUCAUGUUCAGGCUGACAGACGGACAGAUUCAGAGUUUGUCAGAGCACAUCAUCAGCUGCAACCCCUCCCACGUACGAGUGAUGUGACUACAUCACACGGUGCUACUGUUACAGGCGGGGCAUUAUGAUCUUUGCACAGACAGAUCAAAGCACAACAGAUAAACUAUGCAAACUUCGUCUGCUCCCGUACUGUGCAUCCUCUCCUCUGUGCAGUUCUGACAGACACAUUAUCUACUUUUCCCUCUUAGAGCAGCCUUUUUUGUUUUGUAUUUGAGCUAUCUUAAAUGUGCUCUGCAUUCUCAGAUAUGAGGAAAGUCGAUUUUCUCUUUUUCCUUCAACCUCAUUUUCUCCCCCUCCUUUUUAACGGUGCCUCUUUCAGGCUGUUUCUGCCAGUCAACAGUACAAAGCAGUUGUCAGGGUUAAGGCUUCUGAAAAGCCAGUCGCCACGACAACAGUCUGCUUUCCUGCUUCACUCAGCUUUUUUGGAUUGCAAAAAGCUCUGAUUUUUCUUGCCUGCAGAAGGUAGCCAUGUAGCCUAAAGCAGAAAAGCACCAGUGGUACAUUGUAAAAGUCGGAGUUCAUAUGAAGUAAUUUCUUUUUUUGUUUUUUUGAAUGAUCAAACAGCAGAAAAGAGCAAGCCCUCUGAGUUCGUGCUGAUGCUACUGUAAGUCCUAAACAUGUGAAGGUUUGAAAAUGUGGCACAAUUGUAGUUUUCUUUCCUCACUUCUCAAAAACGAACAAUUAUUUUGCAUCAUAGCAGCUUCUCCAUUCGGUCAUCAGCUGUAUAUAGUAGUUAUUUGGCUGUCUAGACUUUUAAAGAUGAAGUGCAACAAGCAUGACCCUAUUUAUCACUGAGAGGCUCUGUUCAGUUUUGGCGUCCUCUAGUGGACACAGAAAUGGUUGCUUGGUCAGUGAAUGUUGGAGUUUGUCUACUGGAAGCAUUGCUGCAGGAAAAAAAAGCACUCCAGUUUCCCAAAGAUUGUACAAAAUGUCCUUUUGUUUGUUUUGUUAUUUUUACAUUUUAAUGUUGCGUCUGCUUUAACACUGGAACCAUUCACACAUCUGAUCUUCCUUCAAACAGGAAGUGUUGCGUCUGUUUAGACGAGGCAGUAGACAGGCCUUUUUGUGUUCAGACAUUAAAAAAAAAGAGUCAAGAAAACCUGACAAGUUUUAAAGAUCAGAGCUUACAGGGCAUGUUUUUCUUCUGGAUUGGAAAAGGGGAAGCUUUAAUAGAAGUGCAACAUUAGCAAAGAAAUACUAACGAGCUGAGAUCAUUAUGUUAUUGUGAUUUAGUACUUUAACAUUUCUUAAUGAAGGAUCAUUCUGUACAUAAUGAAAUAUAAAUGAAGCAUAUUAUCGAGCUUAAACCUAGAACAGUAUUUAUGAACUAACCCAUACCAUUGUAGAUAGAGUGAAAUCACACGGACAGUGGUGUCUACUGGGUUAAGAUCUUUUUUUAAGUAGUUGGGAAACUGGGGUAUCUUUAUAUUUUCGGUCUUAAAGACACAAAUCUUGAUUGUCUGAUUAUCCUCAAAUGAGUUUAUUUAACGAUUCUAGAAGAAAAAAACUCCCGAAGCCCAAAUAAGCUUUUUGUUGGAUUUUCCCUCUAUAGUUGCUCCAGAGGCUGUGUAUGUGGGUGUAAUCUGUACAGAGGAAGACAAGAGAGACACCUAGAGACCCCACAGGGGUCGGACAUACAAGUUCUUCAACGGACUCGGUAUUUCUGGCAGAGGAUGUUUGCUGAAACAUCCUCCUCCUCACUUCAGCGUUUGAACCAGAGUUGUAUUAACGGUCUCCUUGUGCUCCUGAGGAGCCAAACUCAACUGAUGUUUAUGAACACCUGGUUUACAAAUGCCUUGAAUACUUGAUAUUUGUCAUUAAAAAGAAGUGAUCAAAAAUGA